UUUUCAAAUAAAAACUUACUUUCAGUUGUGGUCGGUUGUUUUCAGAUACAUUAUUAUUGCUUAGUGAUGGAUUUAUUUUUAUCUUUAGAUAUGGAGGAGUCUGGACAAAAAUGCAUAAGCAGUGCUAUUGCUGAUGUGCUCCCAGACCUAUCAUCUUCAGUAUUAAAUUCGGUGGUGGAUACACUGAAGUCACUUGGAGUAGAGACUUCUCAAGAUUUUCAGUAUGUUCAGGAAGCAGAUCUCCUGCCCUUGCUGAGACCAGUUCAGGCCACAAAACUUGUGUCUGCAUGGAGGCACGUCAAUCAAAAUCCAGAUGCAUGAUCAUCAUGCUCCACAGUCUACAGUUCCUCAGCCUCAUGUUCCUCAUCUUCACCAUUAAGCAGCAGUUUCAGACUGGGCUGACAGUUUUGAGAUUCCUUGGAACAAAUUUCCUGAAGAACUGAUCGACUAUUUUGAAAGGAAGAAAAGACCAAGUCCACGUUUACGACGUAAAAUGGUCAGAAUUGCCGUUUCUUAAAUGAUCUGUGAUUCCUCUAGUAAGCAAAGUACCACUGUUAUUGCCAAAAAGAUUGUGACCAAGUACCCAGCAUCCUUGCAGGAUGUCAUUGAAGGAGAUGUAGUUGGACCAGGAUAUCAUUCACUGGUUAAACAGCUCCAGAAUCGUGUUGACAACGUGAGAAGACCUGACAUACAAAAAAAUCAGAAAAUGCAAGCAUGCUUCAGAUAGUGAUACUGAGGAGGUCCCUGCUGAACAAAAGGCAGUGGUUCAAGACACAUAUGGCUGUGUUAAUUGGGAAUUAAAAUUCAUGCCACUUUCUGAGACAGCGGAGAGCCAGAAGGAUAAACAGGAGAAAAUGAAGAUGCUGUCUAAGGAGACAAAUGUUAAUAAUGAAGAAAUCGGAAUCCUUGUGCAAUCAACAUAUUACUCCCAGCAUAAAGAGAUAAAUAAGGGAGCCAGUAUGAAACAACUUUUUCAGGACUGGCCUUUUGUAUUCCAAGAAAUUGGCAUGGGUGUACACUUCAAACAGCUGACUGGGAUUGAUCUGAAAGAGAUGUUCUUUGCAAGCUUGGACAAAAAGAGAGCACAGCUCCUAAAGUUCCUAAAAACCACCAGCACAGAGAGAAAAAAGCAAGUCAUGAGAGCAGCUGCUAAAUUGGAGGUGUCCAGAGGUCAGUUGGAGGGCGGUUCUAAAGAUGUCAAGGACAUGGUGAUUCUUCUUCUUGCAUACUUUGAAGAAAGGCAAGAGGUAAUGUUUCAUCAUGUGGAAGAGUCCUUCCUUGCUGAAGAUGUGGUUGAUAAAUUGCCAGUCACCCCCUGCAUUAUUGUUUCUGCACUGUGCAUGAUGUUCGGCAGCUUUUACUGUUUCAAUAUUCACUAUCUAGUGGAACUGGCAUCCACCCUUGAGUUCUUGCAACGAUGCUUUUUCAACAUAAAUCCAGACAAGAAACAGCUCCCAAUCAAUCCCAAAGUGCUCACUCUAAUAGCUGACCUAGCUGACCAUGACUGGAGAACCAGUUCUUAGAAGUGUCCUGCAUAUGAGAGGAUUACUGAGCAUUGCAAUGAGAAGACAUGGAACAAAUAGGAAAUCUGAUUCCGUAUUUUGGUUUUCUUAGUGUUUUUGUUUGUUUUAGAAGGCAUUGAACAAAUAAGAAGCCUGAAUCCUCAUUUUCAGUAUAAUGUUUAUUUUCAUAUUGUUUAUUUUCUUAUCUAUUUGUUAAAGGUAUGAA